AUAAUAUUCAUUAUUGUAGCCUAAAUGUGUGAUAUUUCUGCUUCAAAGAAUUGAGUCUGUGUAGUUUCUCAAGAGUUCUUCUAUGUAGAGUUAUACUGAAUGAUUGUUAGACUAGCAAGAUGGCGGGUGCUUGUCAGUUGCUAUCCAUUGGUUUGGUUGAGAAAGAUAACAAUGCUGACAGCCUGUUUGUUUGGUCAUAUCCAUCCAUUAGUGGUGAACAGCAAGAGAAAUUUCUGCAUCGCUGCAAUGUUGCCACAGAGGUAUCUCCUCACAUAGAGUUUUUGUACAGCCAGUCUGAACGACAUUGGUAUUACAUUUAUACAACACAAGUACCUCUGAACUGUCACAGUUUACCUAAGGUGACCUUUGUGUCUUUGGUUUUAGUUGCCAAAACCUUUCAACCAGAGCAAUAUAAAGCCUUGUGUGAAGUUCUUAGCAGUGUCUACAUGAAAUCUGCCAGUCCAGCAACAAUGUUACAGUGUUACUUGAAUGUUGUGACCAAAGGGGAAUGUAAAACAGAAGACAAGAUGCAUUUUACAGCAAAAGACUUUGAUGUCAGGCAAGCUUAUGCUGCAUCUAACCUGAGAAAUGUUAUACAAAUCUUUGGAGUGGAAACAAUUCUAAUUUACACUGCACAGUUACUGAAAAAGUCUAUUGUAGUCUACCAUCCUAAAAUAAGUGAAUUGCUGACCUUUAUUCGGAGUUUACCAGCACUAGCAUGGCACCGUCAAGACUGGAGCAACUUGUUUCCUUACAUCACGCUGGACAAUACAGAUAUUGAGACUGAUUUGAAAAGUCGAACAUCUUAUAUUGCUGGUUUUACUGAUGCCUUGAUUCAGAACAGAUCUGACCUCUAUGAUUUACUUGUGAAUCUACAGACUCGUGAGAUCAGUGUUAGCCCAGGGGCUAAAGAAUCACUUGCAAUGGGAAAACUACAUAAAGAUAUAGCAAUGUUUAUGGUGAAAUGUGCUGAAGAUACAGACUGCUCGCAACAGCAGUUAAUUAAGAAAAUUUCUGAGAAAACCAAAGAAUUACUUACCAAUUUGACUUCCUUGUCAGAAACUGAUGAAACUGGGAAAUCUUAUAUAACUUUAGAACUACUGAGAAGUAGGAAAAUGCCCAAAAAUACAGAAACCUUUCUCUAUAACCUUGCUGUUUGUGAAGGGUUGGCCAAGUAUUAAGUUUUUCCUAAAAUGACACCUGAAUUAGGAAUUUUUAAACCACUUUCAGUGCAUUACAGCUUGUGGAUUUGGAAAUUCCAAAAGAAAUACUCUUUUUUUUUUCUAUUAAUAAAAUAAAACCAACAAAAAUAACAUAAUUUGAUUCAAUCAAUUCAAUACAGAUUUCCAUUUCAUAAACUUUAAGAGAUUUAUCAAUUUUUUUUUGUUACAUUUGAAAAAAACUGUAUUUUAAAAAUUCUGUUAUAAUCAAAAUAAUAGCUAAAAUAGCUCAGGGAAUUAUAAUAUCACAAAGUAAUUUAUUUACAUUACAGUACACCUUGAUUAAUAUUAUUCAUUGUUUUCUCUUGUGAAUCAUACACAUAAUGAUGUCAUUUUAUGCUUGGAUUUGUGAGGCAGCAUGUAAUAAUUGACCAUGAGAAAAGCAAGGAUCUAGCAUCCUUUAAGGUAUGCCCUUAAGAUUUGUUGAUGAACAUGGAAAAAUAUAUUACUGACUGGAAACUGCAAGUU